AUGGGCUCUUUACUCCCCCCCAGUGCUGUAACUUGGGUGCAGGAAGUGUAAGUUCUGCGACUGGAAGGGCAGUUGUCGUACGGAAGUUUCCAGAACCCACCCACCAGGAUUCUGUAAAGUGCGAGCUUUAAGGAGAAUUCCAGAAAUGUAUUAAAACCUGCUAACUUUUUCAUAGAUUCCAGGCUGUUUGUUGGAGAUUAUGGCAUGUAACAUGCAUAAGACUAUGAUUGCUUUCUCCAUCCUUUGGUCACUGUAUAAAGCGUCCCUUUCAGUUAGAUUUAAGGUUGUAUCAGGACCAUCAGUUGUUGCUACACUUGGGUCAGAUGUGCUGUUACCUUGUAGUCUGACCCCUGAGAUGAACGCAGAAAACAUGGAAAUCCGUUGGUUUAAAAUAACAUACCAGCCCUAUGUUCAUCUUUAUAUUAAUGGGAAAGAUGAUUACACAGCCCAGAUGCCACAGUUUGCUAACAGAACAGAACUGCUAAAGGAGAACAUCACUAGGGGAAUUUUCCUUUUGAGGAUCCGUAAAGUUACAGCUCAGGAUUCUGGGAAUUACUAUUGUUUUGUUGAGUCCACUGAACAUCAUGGCGUUGCAACAGUACAGCUACAGGUUACUGCUGUUGGAUCUCCCCUUGUCAUUUCCGUAAUUACUGAGGACACUGUGUUCUGUGAGUCCGAUGGCUGGUACCCAGAACCGUAUUUGAUUUGGACAGAUAAUGAGGGGAACAAAGUAAUCCCAUCAAUGGAAAAAGUUUUAAAAGACGAAAAGAGCUUGUAUCAUAUUCUUAGUGCUAUUUACCUGCCGCCCACAUCAUCAAAUAUCACCUGCACUGUCUCCAGUUCUCUUAAUCAGAGCAAGCAAAGCUCCACGCAGACCAUCGAAAUGAGACUUCCAGUAACCUGCAGGGAUCUGUACAGUCGCUACAUUGUAUUCUGGCCUUCUCUGGUUGUUAUACUGAUGUUGCUUGGGUAUAUUUGCUUUCUGUUGAAGAGACUUGGAAAACUUCAGAGAAUUUAUGUAAAUAGGAAUCUCAGAGCAGGGAAUCCUGCCAGAAUAUCACAGUCAGAAGGGAUUCAACUCACUCAGCACCACUGCUGAACUGCCAGUAACAAACAUGGAAGAAAAAGUCCCUAUUAUGAACAGGGGAGGGAUCCACACAUAGAAACAGUGUUUCAGGGUCCAUUUUACUUUUUAUUAUUUUUUAUGAUACUGAGCGCUCAUUAAGCUUGCCUUAUAGAUGGGGAUGACAAUUGCUUGGGAAUACAACAAAUGACUUUCUGGGGUCUUUCCACAUUGUCUCUUCAUUUUCUGCACUGAGACCUGGCAUUUUACAGAUAACCGGAAGCUUUGAAUGAAUAAGAAGUGAUAUAUGGAUACAGUAUCCAUGUGCACAGAAUUUUAAUUGGUUGGACUUAUGGAUUGAACUUAAUGGAUUUUUUUUAACCCAAAUUGUGUAUCUGUUACUACUGUAAGACACACCGCUGGUCCGGCACGUUCUUACACUGGUUGGUUGGUGUGUCUCAGGGCUUCUGCGCACAUUCGCACUGUGAUGUCCUCAUGCACUAUUGUAUAUUUUGAAGCCAAAGGUGCCAUCUUGCUUAUGGUUUUUUGUUCACUUCCUUUUAUGUUUUGGCACCAAAACUCCCUAUUUAAACCUCUGCUCUCACUCCCUCUUUGCCCAAGCUGGCUUCUGGUUGGCUCAGAUCCUGCUAAGCCUUGUUUUUGUGCUUUUUUUUCUGGUUUGACUUCUGCCUGUUUUCCUGACCACACAUUGGGUAUUGGGUUGUAUUUAUAGGGGAGAGUGGAGGAUUUAAUGUGUCUCCAAGAAAAGGGGGAGAUAACAUUUUAAUUCUGUGGCUGUUUAUGCACUUCCUUCUACAUUCCUACAUAAUCCUAUUUAUACGAGGUAUUGUAAAUAACUUGGGAGCAUCUUCCUUAGCAGAAACCAGGUUAUAUGACUAUUUCCUUUCUACACUCCCUGAUCCCUUUUAUUGCGCAAAAAAUAUUCCAGCCUUCCUGUGUCUAAUUAAUAAUCAUUUUUAUUAUUUGUUACUGCUCAGACCUGGGCAAUGGCUGUGUAACAGGGAAUGCCAGUACCUCCGAGUGGGAGGGUGUAUGUAAGGAGAGACGCAUAAUAUACAUAACACUAGAAACUACUAUAAAAUUAAGGCAGCCAUUCCAGUAUUUUAAGGGUCUCGUGUGGAAUGUUUUGUUCCUGAGUCCCUUGGUUGCUGAAAUACCUGCCCCAACUUUAUUUUUUAUGUAUGUUUGAAUUGAGAUAGGGAGACUGUGGAGGCAGGGAGCAACCAAAUUAUACAGAUAAGUAACAGGGGUAAUUAGUGCUGAUAUUUAUAAAUAUGGAGAGAAAGCAGGGCACUGUGUGUGCUUCCAUUAGAAUUUUAAAAGUUAUAUAAAAUAAAUGUUACAUUUGUACUUACAGGUUUGAGGCCCAAACUGCUUACAUAUCCAUUGUUUAAAUAUUCAGCAUAAAUAUCAUAUUCAGCUGAACAUCGUAAGAAAUGGGUAAAGGUAAGCGGGGGGGGCAGCAUCAGAGGGGCCUCCAUGGGCGGCAUCAGAGGGGGCUGAAAAUGCCCCUGGUUGGAUGGUAAUGCUCUAAACUGCUCAGUUAGGGGUGAGCCGCAAUCACUCACUAUGGCUAGCCAGAUUAUCAGAUAGGCAGCAGGGAGGCACCCACUCACCUCUCCAUGUAAGGGGCCCUUGUGCAGCACCUGUAGCAUAUGGGGAAACCUUCACUGAUACACAGAAAUAGUGACAUACACCUGGUCCCCACUCAAAUAAGGAUUAUACAAUGCUUUAUUUUUCAUACUGACUGGUGCAUUAUUAUAGGCACAUUUGUACUUU